UCUGCUCUUUCUGCCAUUCUCGGAAGGUCCUGAGAUAGCUUCAGGGCAAGGGAGGAAAGGGGUCCAGCAGUUCGGGUGUCCCCUGGUGGGUGUGCCCCGACCUCUGCCUCUCCCAAAACUGCAAAACGGGCACCCGCUUCCAGCCCCUUCCCGACCGCGACCUGACGCUCUGCUGCUGCCUUCACCAGCACGAAGCAUCCUGCGGGGAGCGACAACCGCUUCGGGGGGGGGUCCCUACUGCCGAGCCCCCCCGAGCAGACUUAUCCGGGCCCGCAGGGGUCGCUGCCGUGCCGAGCCGAGCCGUGCCGUGCCAAGCAGUGCUGAGCCGUUCCGAGCCGAUCUCAGCAUCCAUGGGCGUGCAGGGCUGCCUGCGGGCGGUGAGCAGCUACUCCAGCCCGCAGGUGGUGGUGGUGCGGAACGGGCACCUUGGCACCGCGUACCGGGCGCUGCAGCUCCUGGUCCUGCUCUACUUCACCGGGUAUGUGUUCAUCAUUCAGAAGGGCUACCAGGAGAGGGAAACGGGUCCAGAGAGCUCCGUCAUCACCAAGGUCAAGGGUGUGACACAGUCACCAAGGAAGGUCUGGGAUGUUGGGGAGUAUGUGUCCCCUCCUGAGGGUGGGAGCACCUUCAGCAUCCUCACGCGGGUGGAUGUCAGCCCUGCCCAGGCCAUGGGGACCUGUCCUGAGGGCCGAGCGGUCGCCAACGCUACGUGCAGCUCCGACCAGGACUGCGUCCCCAGGGACACGGACACGUCUGGCCAUGGGCAGAGGACGGGGCGCUGCGUGCCCCAGGCUGGUGGCACCGGGAAGAGCUGCGAGGUCCUGGCUUGGUGCCCGGUGGAUGGAGGCAGCAUCAGCGAGUCCCUGGCUGAGAUGGCAUCACAAUUCACCGUCCUCAUCAAGAACAACAUCCACUUCCCCCGCUUUGGCUUCUCCAAGGGCAACAUCCAGGCAGCUGAGAGCGGCUACCUGAAGAGCUGCAUGUUCAACACCACCUCUGCCCUUUACUGCCCCAUCUUCAAGCUGGGCUUCCUCGUGGAGCAGGCGGGCGAGGACUUCACGGAGCUGGCUGAGAAGGGUGGGGUGAUCGGGGUGAUCAUUACCUGGAACUGCAACCUGGACCUGCCCGACGCCGAGUGUAACCCCCACUACUCCUUCCGCCGCCUCGACCCCAAAGGGGUUUCAGCUUCCCCAGGCUACAACUACAGGUUUGCCAAGUACUACAGCUGGAAUGGGACUCGCUCGCGGGUGUUGAUCAAGGCCUAUGGGAUCCGUGUGGAUGUGAUUGUGCAUGGCCAGGCAGGAAAGUUCAGCCUGAUCCCCACCAUCAUCACCCUAGCCACGGCGCUCACCUCGGUGGGACUGGGCUCCUUCAUCUGUGACUGGAUCCUGCUGUGCUGCAUGGACAAGGAGCAGCGGUACAGCAGCAGGAAAUUCGAGCAGGUAGGAUAACUUGUGCUCAGCUCGAGGCCAUCCAGCCCCCCCCGUCAGCUCUCAGCAACCCUCUUGCCCAUGUGGAGCUGCACCCAUGGAUGGGUGGCACGUGCCCUACAGCCCCUGUGAGCCACGAGCCCGCCGGCAUGUGAUGGUUGUGACCACCAGCAGGACCCAGCAGUGCUGCUGCAGCUCAGAGUCACACCGGGGGCUGCUCAAAUCCUGCCUGGGGGGGCUCCCAGGGCUAAGCACAGCUUAAUCUGGGGUGUCCAGGGGGGCUCCAGCUGCUGCCCUUCCCAGCCCCUUUCUGCGGGCACUCUCAGACCCAUCCUAGCCCCCGUUUCCCUCUUGGCAAGGCCCGCGUGUGCUCUGAGCCCCACAAAGCUGCUGCUGCUGCACCAGGGAGGGGGGCAGCCUUGCCCUGGCGUAGCAGCCCAAUAAAACACCGCUGCUCAGCA